GCAAAUAUUAAAAAACGUAAAAUUUUAUAGAUUUAAUGGAUGCUUUAUCCGAUCCUCGUGCAUUCCUUUCUGCACAAGAAAAGAGACUGGCUCAAAUGAGAGCAAUGGGAAUUGAAGAGUCAGACAUACAGACAAAAGAUCUGAAACUAGGUCCUACUGGUUCCAGCACUAAGAAGGAUGAAGAGAAAAAAGAUGACUUCAAAAUGGAUCCAAUUACGGGAGAGAAUUUAAGGACUGAAAAAACAUUCCAUAAAUUAAUAAGAAAACAGCAAAAAGAAUUAGAGACAAUGAGAAGAAAACAUCAUAAGGAAAAAAAUGCAGUGCAAAAGCAGCAAUGUGCAGCCAUUGAUAAAAUUGUUAAAGGAAAUAAAAAUGAUGAUUUAGCAAAUGAUCCAGAGAUAAGAGAAUUAGUGGUGCAACAAAUGCGACAAUGGUCAGAACUUCUUGAAAAACAGAGGAAAGAAGAAUGGGAAUUAUUAAAAGAUCAUCUCUGGCAGCAGGGUGAAGUUCUUAAAAAACUUAUGGAACAAGCCCAAGCUGGACAAAUGAAACAACUAGAAGCAAAAUUUGAAAGGUAAA